CGCCUUAAAUAAAGGAAAUUUAAUUUUCGCAAUUUUUCAUUUUCAUCGCCCAAUUUAUUAACACAGUGAAAAUUCAAUUAUUACAAAAAUUAAUGGAGUACAAGAGAUUAUUUAUAUUCACAAUACUAUUGGCGACAUGUUUUUUAAUUGGCGUGACAUGGGCUGACAAUGCCACACAAACAAAUGGAACUGAGAUAAAGACACAAAAGCCAGCUUUGGUUAGCAGCACUGUUGGACCACCAAUAACCAAGGUAUUAAGUAAAUCCGAACUACCAGUGGCAAAUACAACGACAGCACCCAAAUGCGUAUGUGAUGGUGCUUUAUUACCACGUUUGGGAGAAAACGGUAAGGCUUUGGAAAUCUGCCCCGAAUGUAAAUGUAAACAUGAAGCCCGCAAUACUACAUUAACAAAGGUCGUUGUAAUUAUAGUGAUUUGGAUUAUAUCCAUUCUAGUGAUAUACAUGCUCUUCCUAAUGUGUCUGGAUCCACUGUUAAACAAACGAGUCAAAGCCAACUAUCAGGAGCACACCAAUGAAGAUGAUGAUACCACUACUGCUUCUCCUUCUAUGCCUUCUACAGCAAAUCAAGAACUUAAUGCCCGGGCCAAUGUUCUUAAUAGGGUGGGCCAUCAACAGGACAAAUGGAAGAGACAAGUGCGUGAACAGCGUCGUCACAUCUACGAUAGACGUACCAUGCUUAAUUAAACUAAAUACGUUAUAAACUAAAUUAAUAUGGAAGGAAUUAUUUCCUAAAAUGUUGGUGGCGGUUUGGUCACAAGUAUUUAGUGACGCAGCAAUUAGUAAACAAAAUCAUUUUAUUGUGUAUAAUUAAUAUUAUAUUAUUAGAAAAGUUAAUAGUUUCAUUAAUAUUUAUCAUACAAGUUUUCUGUCUUUCUCCUGUUUUCAGUUGCUUUUUUUGGAUUUUGUCCCGUAAUUAAAUUUUUAUUUUUCAUUUCUUUUUAUUUUGGGCCUCAUCUGGUUUAGGAUCUCACAUUUGAAUGUACGAAAUUAGUAUUGAUUUUACAUACCAUAUUUCCCUUUUCUUUUAAUUUGAACAUUCGUAUUUUCAUACAUAUUCAUGCAUACCAAUAUUAGCCACAUACUUUAUUAAUAUUUAAUUAGAAUUAAAAUCAUAAUUUAUCAAGUAGAGAACAAAAUUUAAUAAACAAAAAAUACAAUUCUAUUUAAUCAAAA